AUAAUGGUUCAGUUCUCCAUAUUUUGGACGGAAUAUGAGGCUUAGAUACAACUAUCAGAAACAAAAGUGAUGUCCAAUUGAAUGAUUUUGAGAAGAUGGAGAGGGAAAGCUGGAAAGAGAGAGAAAGGAGAAGGAAAGAUACAUUUCCUUCCUCUUUUCCUUCUUUUCCCACGCCCCUUCUUUCUCUCUCUGUUAUCACAUUUUCUUGAAUUUCACCAGCCCAUUGACCAUCAUCCCAGAUCCCCCAAUGUGUAUAUGUGAGAUGAACAUACUUUGUUUGAUAUAAUUGGCGGCUUGAGUUUGAUGAUGGACGGAGUCAAAACCAUGGAAUUGUCUCCUUCCAUAGACCCUCCAAAGAAGAGGCUUUAUCAAAUUUGGAAGGGUCGAAAUAAGUUCCUUUGUGGUGGGAGGUUGGUCUUUGGUCCAGAUGGAGCAUCGGUGAUUUUAUCUACUUCCCUAAUAGCCACCCCAGCAUUAAUAUUUUGUUUCAAAAUGUUCUCUAGGAUUUCAGAAGUGGACCCAUUACAUGUUCAUGUUGUUCCAACUGUCGGGUUCAUCCUCACAAUUUUGGAUUUGAACUUUCUCUUCUUGACAUCCUCAAGCAACCCAGGAAUAGUCCCAAGGAACUCUAGACCUCCUGAGGAUGAAGGCAGUACAAAAUCUGCAGAUUGGAUUAACAAUUCAUAUGCUGACAUAAAGUUACCAAGGACAAAGGAUAUAAGUGUCAACGGCCAUUCGGUUAAAGUGAAAUUUUGUGACACAUGUUUGCUAUAUCGUCCGCCACGUGCCUCUCAUUGUUCAAUUUGCAACAAUUGUGUUCAGAGGUUUGAUCAUCACUGUCCGUGGGUUGGUCAAUGUAUUGGAGCUCGUAACUAUAGGUGCUUCAUCUUGUUCAUAACAACAUCAACUAUCUUGUGCAUAUAUGUCUUCACAUUUUCAUUAUUGAACAUCCUUCAACAGCCAGGCAACAACACAAUGAGCAAGAUGUCAAGGGAUGUUGUGUCACUUGGUUUAAUCAUUUACUGCUUUAUCGCUGUCUGGUUUGUAGGUGGCCUUAGUGUUUUACACUUUUACCUCAUAUGUACUAAUCAGACAACGUAUGAAAACUUUCGUUAUCGUUAUGAUAAGAAGGAAAACCCAUAUAAUCGGGGGAUCACGAGUAACCUCAAAGAAAUUCUUUUCUCAAGGAUAACGCCACCACUGGUCAAUUUUCGAGAGUGGGGGAUUGAAGAAGAAGAUUCAGUGAUGAGCUCCUUCAGUCAUAAAUUUGGUGGAAUCAACACCCGAGGCAAGUUUGACCUGGAAGUUGGAAUACUUAGCAAAGAUGAUAUUUUCCAGAGUUUGGAUUAUGAGGCAGUUAAUGAUCAAAAGGUCAAGGGUACUGCAUUUUUUGUUUUUGAUCCUCUUCUGUACCCCGCUUCCAAAAAUGACAUGAAAGGUGCACAAGAUAAUAACGUGGAGAGUGGCAAAACCGAGGAAGCUGGCGUCAUCAAUGGAUCCAACGGUCUCUCUUAAGUAAAGGUGUGGAACUAGUGUUCCUCCCAUGGUGAUUAUCUUUUAUCUUUGGCGAAGUGCAAAUCUGAAAAUAUCUAUAACUGAGUAAGACAGAUACAAAUGCAGCCAUCGCAGCGUUGGAAUGGUAACAAAACGAGGAUACGAUUCUUCCUUGUAAGCUAUUAGAUAGAACUCUUCCUUUCGGUGCCAUUUAUAUGCCGAUUAGUGUUCCUUUUCUAUGAUAAAUUUGUACUGAAUGUCGAAUGAUCAUGAAAUUAUGGGGAGGGGAUCCGUUCUCUGAAACUUGUACUAUUGUAGUUUUCUUAGCUUGUUGAUAGUUAGAUGCAUGGUGUUUCCUUCCUUUCUAGAUAAACAAAUGCAGGAAUGCAAAAUUGAGGAUUUGAUUAUAUCCCACACCGACUAAUGAAGGACAAACAACUAGCUGGCCUCAAUGCCAUCAAUUGAAACAUGAAAGACCAAACAUUGAAAGAACUAUUAAUAUGAGAAGCGUCAAAGUGAUUUAGUUGAACAAAAUGAUUUAAUUGAGGUCACUGAAGAUUGUUCUUUCACUCCGGUUAUUUCACGGUGUAAUAAGAAAAAACUUGCCAUUCAGGCUUCCUGUAUGUAAACUAUGUCACAAUUGUGUUUGAAAGCUUAAAUUUUAGCU